AUGGACGACACGCCCACGACAAGCAAAAAGCGCGGACGUCGUGCAGAUGCAACGACGCCUGUCGAUAUGGCAGAAGAAGUCGAUGAUGAGCUUGUCGCAUGGCCAUCUUCCACGUCCAAGAAAGGCAAUAAAAGGCGCAAGAGUGAACCGAAUCGAACACGCGAGCGAUCAUCCAGCACGCGUGCAACCAGUGUAGACACAACGCGGCGCAGCGCGUCACGAGUACCGGAUAGCGCCGAUACAGAAACAGACGCGCGCAAAGAUGAAGCGACGGACGAUGACCGCGACGAAGAUGAUGGUGACGACGACUCUGAUAUGGCGGAUGGCGAUGCACUCGCUGAUGACGAGUUUUCACGGCAGCAGGCGAUUUAUGCUGCCCAGCAGCGGAGUAUGGGGUACGUAUACAUAGGGCGUCGGCUCUGUCGCAUGCAUAUUGACUUACACGCUUUACAACACACACAUACACAUGCACAUGUAUCAUUACGUACCUCUCUAUACAGUCUUUUGUCGCACUUGAUGGACGACGACCAGCUCGAAAGACACAUGGCUUCUCGACGCGGCACGCUUAACAAGGGGGGCGUUCGAAAGGUAUGUAUGUCGCUGUUUGUGCAAUGCUCUUGA